UCGAAUAGUGUGAGUCAAACUGAGCCAAGAUGCAGGUUGAUGAUAAAUGAUGUCCGUGUCACAUUUUUCCAUGUUUCUGUCUGUUCAAUAUGAACAAAGAAGCCAAAAGAAAAAAAAGGAAAAAAAUCCCCUUCAUUUCCCAGCAUGCUCCGGUGCGCGACAUGCAUGUGAUGUCACAAUAAGUGCAUAUAUACACGGCUACAGGGAAGAAUUUCUUCCUCCAUUGUUACAUUGUAACAAACGGGGCCGGGGCGAAGCGGGGGAGAAAAGCGUCUUCUCGUCGGAAAACCCUGCAGCACUUUGAUACCGGCACAAAAACCGCGUUGGCACGAGAAGACAGCGAAGUAAACCCGGUGGAGCGAACCCGCCCCGGCGAGAAGAAGGAUAAACGAACACAGAUGUCAGCGGAUUUCUCCCUUCCAGCCAAUUCAACGCUGAUAUCAGCACGAUAAGACAGUUGGACGUGCACGUUAUUCGGGUUGUGAGAGAGAAAAAAAAUCGCUGCCAAUGAUACAACGUCCAUUUUUUCUGCUGCUGUACUUUAAAUAGACAGGCAUGCGACAUUUAAAGAAAAGCGGCAGAUCUAACGCACAGACCCAGAUCCUGCUGUCUUGGUGAUCCGGCGUGCAGAACAAUGAGCAUGAAGCCUAGGUAGCCUCAUCUGGUCACAUAUAAAGUGCUGCAGAUUGACAAUCACUCAAGCUUUCAGCCAGGGCAGGUCCUCGCUAGCGGAGCUCCACGGCUGCAGUCUGGAUACUCGUUUUGCAGGGAGAUCGGUUCUGGCACACACACACACACACACACACACACACAACGGCAUCUCCUGAGGCGGUGGAAGAUUGAUGUUCAGCGCUCAUUGAGAAGAUCAACGAGCCACGAGUUGGUUGGUUGGAAACAGGCUGCCUGCUUCUGCUCCAGACACCGAGUUUCCAUGGAGGCAGGUUCGUCCCUCAGCCUCAAAAGACGAUAUGAAGAGGUGGACAACAACUCUCCAUUCUCUACACCCAAAGACUCUGACGAUGACAUCUCCAGCAGCGACAGCGCCGACAGCUGCGAUAGCCUCAAUCCCCCUUCCAGCACUGCAUUCACCCCCACCUCCAUCCUCAGACACCACAAGCCGUCGCCGGGCGGCAAGCGGGUCCGCUUCGACGUGGUGACGGUGUAUUACUUCCCCCGGCGGCAGGGCUUCACCAGCGUGCCCAGCCAGGGGGGGAGCUCCCUGGGCAUGGCCCGCCACCACUCCUCCAUCAGGCACUACACGCUGGGCGAGUUCGCGCGGGAACAGGAGAGCAGCCACCGGCACACCCUGCGCCAGCACCUGCGCCAGGAGAAGCUCAACGCCCGCAAGAUGAAGCUGACCCGGAACGGCACCGUGGAGUGCGCCCAGGCCGACCUCCUGACCCUGGACGACGUCUCGGACGAGGACCUGGACGUGGACGGCGUGGAGGUGGACGACUGCUUCUUCCUGCAGCCGCUGCCCACCAAGCGCCGCCGGGCCCUGCUGCGGGCGUCCGGCAUCGCCCGCAUCGACGCGCGCGAGAAGGCCGAGCUCCGCGCCAUCCGCCUGUCGCGGGAGGAGUGCGGCUGCGACUGCCGCCUGUACUGCGACCCGCGCCACUGCGGCUGCAGCCAGGCCGGCAUCAAGUGCCAGGUGGAUCGGAUGUCCUUCCCGUGUGGCUGCUCCCGGGACGGAUGUGGCAACGCGGCGGGCCGCAUCGAAUUCAACCCCGUACGCGUGAGAACCCACUACCUGCACACCAUCAUGAAGCUGGACCUGGAGAAGCGGAGGAUGCUGAUACAAGGCACCGGGAGCCAGUUUGCCGAAUCGGACCCGGUCUCGUCCCCCUCCUCCACCUGCCCCACCUCCCCGGACGUGUCGUCCGUCACGCUGGACUCGGAGCCGGACGAGAGCGAGGCGCAGGCGGCGGUGCGGGUCCAGCACCUGCUGGCGGAGCGGGACGUCCUCGAGCGCGAGAACGAGACGGCCGUGCUGCACCUCCAGAGCGCGGAGGAACAGGAGAGGAGGGAGCGGGAGGAGGCCGAGGGGGAGGCGGUGCGGCGGGAGCCGGGCGGCGGUGGGCUCCCGGAGCAGCCUCUCUGCCUGCUGCCCGGCGCUCUGGGAGGAGAGCUGGCCGAGCAGGCCGAGGCGCCGGGGGUGGAGCAGGUCCUCCUGCAGGGCCCCUUCCCCACCGGGGCCACUGUGUUGUGCAUCACCAAUAACCAGGAAGACAGUCCCGCAAAUGUCCUCAAAGACUCCGCUCCUCUGCUCUACUAUCAGCUCAGUCCCAUCGAAUCCGGGGCCUUCGAGACCGAGCCCAAAGCGGAGGAGGUUGAACGGGGCGAGCGCACGGGAGGAGGCCCGUGUGCGGAGAAGACAGGAGGAGGAGGGGGAGGAGGGGGGGAGAGGGCUGAGCCUGAACCCGUUGCCCGCGUGCAGAGCGCGGGCAGCUCGCUGACCGACGCCAACCUGUGCUCAGAGGAACGUGCGGCGGCGGCGGGUUCCUCCAAUCAUCAGCAGAGCCCCUCGGAGGAGCAGCGCCAGGGGGCCUCCGGCAUGGAGGAGGGAGGGGCUCCACUGCCGGCCCACGUCUAGUUCCAGCAUCUCUGCAGAUAUUUUGCACAACUGCUUAGUCUAAGAUGAAUUAAUUACACGUUUCACAUUUAUUACUCCUGUCAUCAAGGAUGAUGGAUGGUUGCAAUGUCUUGGUCCAUUGGCGACUGUCGCUGAAUCGCGUGGACGAUGAGCUCAAGUAUUAUAAUAGAGGGGAGAUGCUGAAAGCGCCGAGUGAAACCUCCCCUGAAAUAACAUGGACGCAGUCACAGCGCUGUUCGGGGUUCAUGGACGCGGCCUUAAUGGGGGGACAGUGAAAACACUCGCGCUUAUUAGCCCUCGGUCGAUAAGUAGUACAGCAGGUAGUGCUUCGUUCAUUUCCAGCGCAGAAAACAGAAAAAAACAACAGAAAUGUGUAAAUCCUGACACAAGCCUUUCAUUGGGUGACUUCAACACUAAACGCGUUGUUUCACGGUGAGAAGCUGCCGCAUUUAGCUGCGCGCCGGCGUCUUUUCCAUUCCAGUCGAGCCCAAAAACAGGCCUCCGACCGCUCCCUCCACUGACCGUAGACUCACUAUUAAUCCUGGAAAUACUUGUUUUCGUGUACUGUAUAUGCAUCUGCGAUGUGCGGGACGGAGCCCCGGUUGCUGCUUUUUCCCACAUUGUGCACAUUGUGAGCGGAGCGGCUCCGCUGCACCGGGACAUGAAGGUGAACCCACACAGCAGACGCUGCUGCCGCUGCCGCUUCUGCUGGUGAAAAAAGAAAUAGAUGUAGUUGCGAUGCCUAUGAUAUUAUUUCAUGGAAUAACGUCUUUUGUGCAUUAGAUGCUGUUGGUUUUAACGUCCGUGCGAUCUUAGUUGUUUGGUUUCUGUUCCUUUGAGUGAGAGGUAAUGUUGUUACUUUCCUACUGUUACGCUCUAAUGCCAUGUAGUCGGUCUCGUCGAGUCAUGAUGAAAUUCCAGAUGAGCUCUUUCUGGUCCGUGAGUCGUUCUGCGAGAAAGAGUUGAUUCUGGAUCAAAUCCGCAAAUUCAAUUUCAUAUGAAGAGAAUAAGAGAAUAGCAUUAAAGAGUCAAAGUAAAAAAAAAAAAAGAAAACACAGCAUGAGCUGUUGAAAGUAGUUAUAUGAGAUUAUGUGAUGUUACUAAACAGACUGACAAUAACCAGAAUUUAUAUGUGUGUGUGUGUGUGUGUGUGUGUGUGUGUGUGUGUGUGUGUGUGUGUGUGUGUGUGUGUGUGUGUGUGCGCGUGUGCGUGCGCGCGAGUAAGACGCAUGUUAGUGACGGCUCGUAUUUUAUUCUUGGAACGUGCUGGCGUCUUGGAUUUCCGAUUCCCGAUUCGACCUCCGCGCCGUCGGGAGAAUGUGAUUUCACCGGGCGCGUCUCUCAGACGUGAGGGCGUCGUGGAACCGCGACCGGGGAACGCGGUCGCUGCUGCGGCUGCGCGUGCCGUCGCGCGCGUAAACGCCACCGCGCGACAUUUCCGACGUUUAUAUUUGAAGCUGUGUCUAAUUACCACUGAUGUGUGCGCGCGCGGCGGCUCUCGCGCACAACCCGCCCGUCAGCGCCUCCUGUUCCCUCAAAUGACAGCGUUCGCUGACCGCCCGCCCGACACACGAUGCGUUGUUGUGUUUGAGACGUCUGAUGUGUGUGUUUUUAUUGUUUAUUGUAUUUUUGCCUUGUUUACGUCUUAAUAUAAAACUGCUUAAGAGUUGCACCAAGGCAGUGGUUUCAAACCUAAUUAAACAACGCCGUCAUCCAUCACGUUCAAACAAAGCAGUCUCAGUAGUUAUUGUGAGGCUGUUGACGUGUUGUGGCCGUUUGUGUCCGCGUGACUUUGCCUUGACAUAGGAACACGUUUAAAGCGAUGAUGAUCACAAGCUGCCCGUUGUUGAGCUUUUUGUCGUUCGGCUUUUAUUAUGAGUAACAUAAUUUAGGUUUGGGACCACUGUAUCAAUCGAACUCCACUACACUAUGUAAUUGUGUGUUGCUCUGUGUGAAAGGGGUGUGACUGUCGAAGAGGAUGCGUUUAGACUUCAUCUAAAAGCUGUGAGAACUACUCUCAUGCUCUCAACUGUUGCCUAAAGUGGACACAAAAGGUUUUAUACAAAAAUAAAAUAAAAUACUCACUUUAAAAACAACAA